AUGGCCGAGGCGGAGGCAACGGACGAGGCAAUGGACGAGGGGCAAUCGCCGCAGACGGCGAUCGAGCUGCAGAGGUCCUUCUCAGCCAUGAACGAGGAAGCGGGCACUCCCUGGGGCGGUGGGGUUGAGGGCCUCACGGUGCGUGUGGGUCUGCUGGGAAACGACCUCGACAAUCUGCGAGAGGGCUGCCAAAAGCUGGUUCUGGAGUCGGAGGAGAUUGCGCAAGCAAUCUUCGAGCGCCUCGGCAUACUGCAUUGCCGCACUGCACGCAUCGAAGCCGCCUUGGGCUUGCCGCCCUGGCAACCGCCGGACGAGGAAGAAUCCGGGAUGCAGCCAGACGGCGAGACUGGCGAGACUGGUGUCAAGUGCCUACGAGGACACGCCUUGGAGCCGGAGGAGGAGGUGGAUGGGCCUCCGAAGCAGUGUGGCUUCUGCAAGUGCUCCAGGCAGACGCAUUACAGAUGUAGCGAGGGCUGCUACUUCCACGCAUGCCAGGAGUGCGUGCAAGGGAAAUGCAGCCACGAAGGUUUAGACCCAACAGAAGAACAGUCGGAGCAUGAGUGCGACGCAAAGACAAACGAGGAGCCGGAAGACCGCCCGGAAGAACGUCCGGAAGAUGGGCGAGACAUGCGGAAGUCGGACAGCUCACAGAGCGGGCGCUCGCCGUCCAACACAUCGGAAGAGGAUCUGCCACGGCAGGAUCAUAGAAGCUCCAAAUGCAGCAGCAGGCCGCAGACUCCUUCCACUGCCUUGCCGGAGGACGGUACGGAGAGCUCUUCCCGCAUGGAGGUGGACAGCAUCAAUGGUGCAGAGGAAGAGGCGGAGCCUCAGGCAGCUCGGCGGCCCCCAAAGGCGGAGGGUGGCCUGAAGGCCCGGCUUUGCUCGCUGGAGGUAGAAGUUCGCGAGCUGGCAGCGUCAGCGGUAGCCUUGGUGAGGUGA